GACAGAAAGGGAAAGGUGGCAGCCGAGAUGCCCGACUCCCCAGCGGAAGUGAAGACGCAGCCCCAGUCCACACCACCCAGCAUGCCACCACCGCCACCCGCCGCGGCUCAGGGAGCCUCGAGACAUCCCUCCUUCACGCCCCACACACAUGGAGAAGACGGGCCUGUGACGUUUCUGCCCCACGGCCGCUAUCAUGGCUGCUUAAAAUGGUCUAUGGUCUGUCUCUUGAUGAGCAGCAGCAGCCACUCACCGACAGCCAUCAAUGGUGCCCCUUCCACACCCAGCGGCUUCAGCAAUGGCCCGGCCACCUCGUCCACGGCCUCGCUGUCCACGCAGCACCUGCCCCCCGCCUGUGGCGCACGGCAGCUCUGCAAGCUUAAACGAUUCCUCACCACCCUGCAGCAGUUCGGCCGCGACAUCGCCCCGGAGAUCGGGGAGCGGGUGCGCACCCUGGUGCUGGGACUCGUGAACUCCACGCUGACCAUUGAGGAGUUUCACUCCAAGCUCCAGGAGGCCACCAACUUCCCUCUGCGGCCAUUCGUCAUCCCCUUCCUGAAGGCCAAUCUGCCCCUGCUGCAGCGAGAGCUCCUGCACUGUGCCCGUCUAGCCAAGCAGACGCCCGCCCAGUACCUGGCUCAGCAUGAGCAGCUCCUGCUGGACGCCAACACCUCUUCCCCCGUCGACUCCUCAGAGCUCCUGCUGGAAGUCAAUGAGAAUGGCAAGAGGAGGACCCCUGACAGGACCAAAGAGAAUGGGUCAGACCGUGACCCACUGCACUCCGAGCACCUCAGCAAGCGGCCGUGCACCCUGAGCCCUGCCCAGCGCUACAGCCCUAGCAACGGGCUGAGCCACCAGCCCAAUGGGCUGCCCCACCCCACGCCACCCCCACCCCAGCACUACCGCCUCGAGGAUAUGGCCGUGGCCCACCACUUCCGAGACUCCUACCGCCACUCUGAGGCCCGGGAGCCACGGGAGCGCCACCGGCAAGUUGUGGUGCCUGGGUCCCGGCAGGAAGAGGUCAUCGACCACCGGCUCACAGACCGGGAGUGGGCUGAGGAGUGGAAACACCUUAACCACCUCCUGAACUGCAUCAUGGACAUGGUGGAGAAGACGCGGCGCUCCCUGACCGUGCUCCGCCGGUGCCAGGAGGCCGACCGGGAAGAGCUGAACCGCUGGCUGUGGCGUUACAGCGACGCCGAGGACGUGAAGAAGGGACCCCCGCCCGCCACGCGUCCCCUCGGCAGCUCCGCAGAGGGGCCUCCUGCAGACGUCCCCCGGGAGUUCGUGCCCAGGACCUUGUCUGGCUACCUGCCCGAGGAGAUCUGGAGGAGGGCCGAGGAGGCGGUGAACGAGGUGAAGCGGCAGGCCAUGUCAGAGCUGCAGAAGGCCGUGUCGGAUGCCGAGCGCAAGGCUCACGAGCUCAUCAGUACGGAGCGCGCCAAGAUGGAGCGGGCACUGGCCGAGGCCAAGCGGCAGGCCUCUGAGGACGCACUGACCGUGGUCAACCAGCAGGAGGACUCCAGUGAGAGCUGUUGGAACUGCGGGCGCAAGGCGAGUGAGACCUGCAGCGGCUGCAACGCUGCACGCUACUGCGGCUCCUUCUGCCAGCACAAGGACUGGGAGAAGCACCACCACGUGUGCGGCCAGGGCCUGCAGGGCCCUGCGGCCAUGGGCGCUGACCCCGGCCCUGGGCAGCCUGACGCCGCUGCGGGCCUGGGCCCCUCCCUGCCCGUGGGCUCAGCCAGCCCCAGCGAGGCUGGCUCUGCAGGGCCCUCCCGUGCCGGCUCCCCCGGCCCACCUGGCCCUCUGGACGCCGCGCCCCGCUGA